AUGCAGCUGUCUCAGGAGCAGAGUCGAGCGGCCAAACCCAGCUUAGCCUUUAAGAGUGGCCUGGCCUCCUCUCAGGACCCCCGCAAACAACUCAAAACCAAAGCAGUCAAGAUCAAGAGCAAACUCAAAACAGCCCCCUACCCUCAGGUACUAAAGACUACUGUUCCUCACACUAGAUUACUAAUACAGUUCAUAUGCAGUGUAGUACACAUACAGUAGCCUACAUACUGUACCUGUACAUUCACACGUACUAAGAUAUCAGGAUGAAUAGCUUUUGCCAGCUUGGAAAAAGAGGAGACACUGCAAACUCCCCAACGCAACGACUGUUUGCGUUGUAUUUACAAUCAGUAACUUUCCUUUUGAGAAUUUAUGAAAUAUCCCCUUCAUUGUUAUCCCAAAAAUAUAACAAGUAGGACUUGAUUCUUCGUCAAAGCUCGACAAAUGAGCUGUACACAACACUGUCUUCAUUGCGUGUCUAUGAUAUAAAAGUAUAACACCACCAUAACCUGUUGUCUAUUGCCUCCACCUCCAGCCCAACAGCACCUACCACCCAGACAAGCUAGACUGCUCCCCCCAGGGAGGGAGCUGGAAGGAGAGCCCCCCCUACCCCCUGACUCCCUGCCAGGGGCAGAUCUCAGGCCCCUCUGGAGGCCCAGAGGCUGGAGAGGUCCUGUGUAGUAGCAGCGCCCCCUAUGGCCUCUCCUUCCCCUACCCCUAUGGACACCUACCCCACAUGGACUCCCAGAGGAGGUUGCGACACACCCAGGGUUCUUCCUCCGCCUCUCCCUCCCCAUCUUCCCCUGGCCUGGCUGCCCGGCAGCUGCUCAGCUCCCUGCAGGGUCGAGGGGGAGAGGGGCGUUGGAGCUGUGCCAACGCCAAAACCCACCAUGGUACUAGCCCCGGUCACACCCUGAGGCCGUUCGCUGCAUCGUGUGCCAUCACCACAGCCACCGCAGCUGCAUAUUCAGGUAUGGCUCUGGCUCAAAAGCAUGGGGCUUCCAAAUCAGCGCUGAGGAACGCAGAGCUCUUUUUGCAUGCUUUUGAAUGCACUGCUAACUGAUACAAUCCAUUUCCAGUAGCAUUGCUACAUUUUCAAAAUAAUGCUAGCCCAGACAUUCUGGAUGUUGCUAAAUAACCAUCUAACGAAUUUAGAAACAGCUUGGAGGAAACAACAACACCCUAGGGAAGUUGAAUAUGAAUUAAAACUUCAAAAAGGUGAACUGUCACUUUAAAGUGCUCUCUUUUAAGCCUUUUCACUCUUUGUUCUCAGGUCAGAAACGUUCAUGAAAAAACAUGAAAAAUCAUUGCUGACUGUAGCAUUGGGCAAAGGCAGUGUCUGCUGCAUCGCUUACUUCCCUGCUCCUCUGAUGUCACUGCUAAACCCUAAUCAUUCUCAAGAUAGCGUUUUAGCACAGUUUCACCGUAGCAUUUUAGUCUGAAUCUCACCGUAGCGUUUAAUUUCUCCACAGCAGGCCCCACGACGAGCAGGAGGUACCCCCCCAGCGAGUCCCUCCAUGACGGCUUCUCCAGCUGCUCAAACCCGCGCCCUAACAGCAGGUUUAAGGAAGAGCCCUAUGAGCAUCACACGCUUGGCCAGAACAAGACCACAGAGGAUCGCCUGCAUUCACUGUCACAGGCUACUAAAGAGGACAGCAAGCUGCCGUUCAGUCGAGACUACCUCCACAAGGCCUCUGAGGGUGGUGGUUGCGUAGGAGGGGAGAAGCCGUUGUCCUGUCCCCUGUUGAGUAGCUCUGUGCUGGGGAAGGUGAGCUGCGAGCAGUCCCGGUCCUUCCAUGGCCUGGGCCAACCCUUCCCCAUGCAGGUUGUCCUGGAGCAGCGCAGGAGGCUGUGUAUGAUGGAAUCCCCCUACAGCCACAGUGCCACCGGCCCCCUGGAGAACACAGACAGCAAUGGGGAGCAGGGGAGCCCCAAGCUGCUGGAGCCUGAGGCGGGGGAGGAGGAGAGGAGGAUGUGGAUGGGGAUGGGGGUUGGAGUUGGGAUGGGAGUCGGGGUAGGCCUGCCGGCCCAGGCGCCGUACGUGUCUUUGAACCUCCACCACGUCUUGGCCAAACACAGCUCCUUCCAGGCCCCGCCAUAUGCUGCCCUCGGCCACUUGACGGACAGCUACGGUUACCGCGGCGACGAAAUUGGUUCUUACGACUACAAGAGCCAAAGCCCCGCCUCCAGCUCCUCCCCUGAGAUCCACAGGGAGAUCCCUCAUUACAUCGGCACGUCCGUCAUCAUCACCAACGAGAGGUGA